AUGGAGGAUUUUGAGUUAAUUCGAAAACAAGAAGCAGAUCCGUAUUAUUUUCAUCCUUGUCUUAAAUUUGAAGAGCACAUCGUCGAUGGAUUUCUCUCAAUUUGCAAGGCCCCUCCCCCUUUCUCCUUCGUUGCUUCUCAGGCUCGUAACAAGCGAUCUGUAGGUGCAGUCAGUAUUGAUCACUUCCCUCCUCUAAUAAAUGAACGAAUUUUUGAAAAUAAGAAGAAAACUGGGUUCUUUGAUUCCCAAGCAUACUCCUCUACCGAUCCUCAAGAAUUACCCUUGACGUUUGAAAGAGACACUUCGAAAGCUAGACAUAAAAGGACUCGACAGUUGCUUCUCAAGGACAAACGAGAAAGGUAUUGA